CAAACAAUAUUGUUUUUGUGUGAUUACGUUGAGUAGUUUAUUUGUAAUGCUGAGCGUAAAAAUACACAAAGUUUAGAGUGAAGCCUUUAUAAAAUGUCUGAUCAACAAAGUUAUAUCCGCAACUUGAUUGAAAAGAAAUUCAGCGCAUUUUGUGCCAAAGAAGGUGUUAGAUGCUGCUUCGAGAUUUCAAGUGAGAUGGUACUUACUACGAAUUGGAUAGAUGCGUUGUUGUAUCUGUGUUCUAAACUUCCUAACAGAAAGCUGCAGUUGGCUUUUUUGGAUUUCUGUAUUCAAACGGCUACAUUGUUGGAUAAAAAAGCCAUAGAUCAGAUUAUCAAAUACCUUUUAAGAGUUUUCAAAGACACGACGGAAAACAGUUGUGUUCAAGGCAAACAAUGCGAUUCUGUUCUAAGUAACUGUGCAAAACUUAUGGUCUAUUGUUUAACGCACUCACAUGCGCCAUCUAAUUCAUAUGUAUUUUUCAUGGAAGCCAUCGACCAGAUCAAAUCAAUAAUUUGUGGUUCCACUAAUGUUGAGUGCCUUAUAAGCUAUGCAAUCUUAUUCAUAAAUAUUGUUAAAUUGGAAAGGAAAAAUUACUUGGCUGAAAUAUUGGCUGUGCUUAAUCAAUCCGAGAAUUCACCUUCGUCAGAUAUCACAGGGAAUCUGUCUUUUUUAUUCCAAUUAUUUCAUAGUAGUAAUUCGCGAGCUCAAUUAGCAAUUCUACUAGCACUGGUUGGGAUCCUAUCUACAACUGAUUGGUUUUGUAAUUACGAGAAUUAUGGAAACAUAAGUUUGUAUGUUCUGUCUAUGGCUGGAUUUUCUGUUGAUCCAAAUGAUCAUCUGCUAAGAAAGUUUAAUCAGAAUGAUUCAGUUACUAAUUUACUUCAAUCGAAAAUAGUUUACAAUUGGUCCAAAAAGAAUUUAUUAAAUCACUAUGAGGAUGAUGUGGAAAGAAAUAUAGAACAAUUUAAUGUAUUCACGAGUCCACUUCUAACGUAUUGUAUAGACAUGAGAAGCAGUUACAUAGACGCUAUUCGAUAUUCCGCUUUAGAUACAAUUGAGAAUAUCAUAUUUUUUCAUUUGAAGUAUUGUGACGAAUGUCGCCAGUCAAGAAUAUCUGAUAACAAGUCAAAAAUAUCUUGUGGUUAUUUGAAUGAAAUUUUAAAUCAGUUAGUGAGUGAUUCAUGUUACAGUCGCGGAACAAUUGCUAUGUUAACUCGAUUCAUCCGCUGUAUGUCUAAGACUCGUGUGUAUAGGACAAUCAAUUUGUUGCACUCUUUGGAUUCUGUUUUUCAGCCAUUUGUUAAUGACACUAAUUUAGAAAUUUGUGGAAGAAUUGUUUCAGGAUCGAUGAAGAUUGCCGAUGAUCCUAACUUGGCGUCAGAAAUUUCAGAAUUGUAUACAUUAAUUACGCACAACUUGUACACUGAGAAUGACCCAUUAAUUUAUGUAUGGUUAUCUGGUUUAGUCGAUACCUUUAUUCGUAACUCUAACGAAACAUUUCAUUCUACAGUUAUUCAGAAUAUUCUACCCAGUUUAGUGAAAACCAAUCCUAAAUUGUUGGAAUUGCUGGUAAAAUGUUGCAACAGUGACUCAGUAAAAAUGAAUACUGACUUGCCUACGUUCCUACUAACUUGUUAUCAUCUUUUAUCAUUUAAUGGAAUGAAAACUGACUGUUGUGAAUACUUGUCGUUAAAUUUCUUAACAUCAUGUCUUCGCUCAUAUGAUAAUCAGUUACGUCUUACAGCUUUAAAUGUUUUAGUAAGUUUAAUUACAAAAUCCAAACAAAAAAUGAUCUUAUCAAAUGAAAAAUUGGAAAUGUUUCUUAAUUAUCUCAGACACGAUUUGUGGCCAAAUUCAAAGCGUAUACACGGCCAAAUUGUCAGUGCAAUUAAAGAUAUUUUGUUGCAUACACUUCCAAUUAUGAAACGUGAAACAAACGAUACCAAUUUAAAUAAUCUUAAAUCGUUUCAUGUUGAAAUGGUUCAUAUCUUGAUGACAUGUAUUUAUCCUGGAUCACCAGCAUCUCGUCUAUCAUUAGGCUUAGCUGGAUUAUACACAGUUGUUGAAUGCUUUCAUUCUGUUUUUUAUACCGAUGAUUAUUCAGAGUUCAUGGCACAAAUUAUGAGUUGUUUAAUUAAAGCAACUCAAAAUGUAUAUACAAUACCUUCAUUUACCGAUGAAAAAUUUAAACCAAUCGAUCACUCAACGUCACAACUGUUCUUUCUCUUUUUGACUGGUUUAUGCAGUCGAUAUGAUGUUGACCGAGAUUAUACUGUGAAAAUACUGUUGAGAUUGGAUGUUUUAAAACAACUUAAUCCUAAUUAUAUCAAUAAAUUAUGGACUGAUACACUAGAAAUCUAUGCUCAAAGUUCCAAACCGGAUGUCAGUCCUAUUGCUGGCGAUAUAUUACGUUUUCUUAUAUAUGGUAAUGAGAAUGUCGAUGAAUCAAACCAGUUGUCUUCAUCUUCAUCGUCUGUAGAUAAGAAAUUUAUACAAGCAAUGGAUUGUCUACUCAACCAACUUCAAGAACAAAUUACAAUUUGUGAAAAAUUACCAGUAAUUGGUUUAAUGUCUGUGGCAACUAAUAAACCAUUUUAUGCUAUACUUAGUACAAUCCGUUCUAUUAUUGGUGUCACCUCAUCAUCACCAUUGAAUAAGAAAAAUAAAAAGCCUACCGAUGCUCAAAUUUGGAGUAACACAUCAAUUAAGGCAGAAUCCUUGUUCAAACAAAUCAAUGGAGUAAAUGUUAUCGAGCGUAUAAUUUCACUAGGUCUUCGUAUAUCUGAAAUUGUGCUACCAGUUGUUGGACAUGAAUCACCUGAAGGUGUCUUGUUAACUUCACAACAAGACGUAAUCAUUGAUGAUAUUAAAACUGCAGAUGAAGAAGCUUCUCAAUUGUAUAAAUUUUAUGAAAAAACACGAAAUCAUCCAGAAUAUUUAAUUUUAUGUUGUUGGCGUUCUGUUCGUGAAUUAUCUUUACUUAUGGGUAUAUCACUUGUCUCACACGGUUUGAAUAAAUUCGAUAGUAAUCAAAUAAAACCAAAAGAGAUUUUUUCUAUUGCCCGAUUUUUCUGUACUCAGUUACUUUGUUGCCGCCAUCGUGGGGCAUUUGAACUGUGUGCAACUGGAUUUACAAACUUUUGUACUGCGCUUGUAAAUCAUCCAGUCUAUUUUACAAUUCCUAUUCAUUGGCUUAAUGCAGUCACUGGUCAAACUUUGUCAUUAAAUGAAAAGUCGACAAACGAUUGUUCGACUGUAAUAGAAAAUAUUGAUUUUUCACUAGAAUCAUGUAUGGGAAAACAUAAUACAAUGGAAUGUAUCACUCGUCGUGGUGCCGGUUACCCUUUAUUUGUUCAGGCUAUUUUAACUGCAGAUUUAACCCGUAACACUAAUGUAUCAACAACAACACUUACAAAUACAGUCUGCUGGUUACUCAAAUCAGUUAAAACGUCUCUUUGUAACAACAAUCUUCAACAGUCCAACAAGCUUAGUACAUGUGUACUACACCUAAAUAUCAUUCGUGAUAUAUUUCAAUCAAAAAAUUUAAAUUAUCAUACAGAUAAAUAUUUACAAAAAGCAUUAAUUAUUGCUUUGGAUGGUGUUGGAUGUGGAGAUUUAUCAAUACGAAAUGCUUCCAUACUUUUUUAUAGUACACUAGUUCAACGUAUUUUUGGUGUAAAUCGAUCAAAUGCAGUUAAAAGUCGAAAAAAUUGCUUAGCAACAUCAACAUUUUUCAAACGUUAUCCGAAAUUUGAACACUACUUUGUUGAAACACUUACAUCGUACUCAAAGAAUACAAACAUUCCACAUCCAAGUUCUUUCAAAUUGUACAGUAUACUUCAUUUGAUGACACACCUACUACCAUCCUUACAAGUUACUGAGAUUGAUAAAAUGUUAUAUAAACUACUUAUUAGGUGUGGUUUUAGUGAUGACAUACGUAUACGUAAAAUUGCUUCGUUAGCUUUAACCUCAAUUAUACAUCCAAGUGUUAUCAUGACUACAUUAAACCAUUUAUUCGAUUUAAUGGAACUAUUUCAUGAAUCAAUGCCAGUUAAGAGAUGGUGCAAUAUUCGAUUGAAUAUAUUACAUGGUCUACUUUUACAGGUAGUUCACAUCUGUUUCUAUCAUUUUAUGUAGGAUUUAAUACUCAUACAAAUAAAUUUUCUAAAUGAGUUCUUUAAUUCUCAAGCACAUUGUCGUGAUGUGGCUAAAGUUAGAAGUAAACUAUUGUACUGCCGGAUUUGACACAAUUAUCCACCACAAGCGAUGGAAGAUGAAAGUCCAGUGUUUCAAAUUGAAGUUAGAGAUGUAUAUAAUCGGAUGCCGGCUCAAGUGGUUUAUGGUUAGGCGCUCGUUGCGAAAUCAAAAUUUCUGAGUUUGAUCACCUAAUGGUAUCCCAAAGACUCGCUGCUGAGGAAUCACAUAUAGAAUGACAACAACUAUCCUGUACUUUCUGGCUUCCAAUGUUUGUCCCACUGAGAUCAGAAUGACUCUGAAUUGUGGGUUUUUAACUUAGAUAUUAUUGGUUAAUCCAUCUUUAUGGCUACGGACCAACAUUUCCCGUUAGCAAACGUAUGUAUGUCUAAUUGAGUUCGAGGUUUGUAUGUAGCACAAAUGUUUAGACAUAAUCUACAUACUGAGAGUAAGGGUUGCAUAAAAGAGUUAAUUAGUCAUUUUUGUGUACAAUUCAUAAAUAUGCACAUGUGCAUCCAUCAGUUAUAUAGGAUGAUAAUGACUUGAUGUAACAGGACCAUAUUUUUCUAUCCAAUCACAAUUUAGUUAGUCUGAUUACGUAAUUGGUUGUUGUCUUAUACUGUUAGUAAAGAUUCUCGUACAAUUGGUAUUGGGCAACUAUGUUUUUAUGUGAGACAUCUAGUAGUGUAAUGACACAAUUUAACUGUUCAAACUGAAGUAGCUGUCGUGCAGUUCCUACGUAAUCAAAUAUCUAAGCCUUUUAAUGCAGACAAAUAUAAACCUUCAUUGUAAUGAUAGUUUUGAUAAACUGUUAGAAUAAUCUAUUUCACUUUUAGUCCAGUUUUACUCAGUCAGAAAAUAGAUCAUAUGGAUGAAGAACAUAUGACAGACAAGGGGGAGACGUAGAAAGAGUUAACACUUUUGACUUAAUCAGUAAAUCUUCCUAUAGGUUCCUCUGAUUAAAAGUUCAAGCAUGUUUGAUAAUGAUAAACUCACCUAUAUGUCUAACUUCAAAGUUCUGUGGUAAUUUGACUGUGAAGCCCUCAUUAUUUCAGACGACAUAAAUAGACGUUAUGUCCCGAUAAGAAAAAUGAGUGGUCAUUUUUUGGGAUCUAUUUAUGGACCAAUACUAUUCGUACAUUUUUAUCGUAUAAUUGUUAAUUAACUAAACUAUUCAUAUUCAUGUGUCUCUUAUCAUAAGCUUUAUUUUAACCUAUGAACUGUUAUUAUACGAUUUUCCAUUAUUGAACUAUUCCCUGUCUAUUAAUCACUAUCUCCCACAUUCACAGCCACAUUUGGCCAAAUCUUGUACAAAUGUUAUUUUCUAUUUUAUGGUACGAUGUGGUCUGCUUGAUUGGUGUAUAAACAGAGUAUGUUUGAAAUACAUGAUUCAUAUUGCAGAGGCUGAGACUGGUGUUCGGGACUUAACUGGCUGGGCUAGGCAGAAAGCAUGACCAAUAAGGACUCUAGACUGCUCUCACGCGUUUUAUGAGUCCUUGGUCCGAUCGAUAAUUCGCUGCUCCCUAAUUGGCGGUUUUGGGCUAUAACAGCUCUAUUGCGUCAAACCUUCUCAAAUUUUUUUAGUUGUAAAAGCAUGAUGACAUUUUAGUAUAGUAUGUUGUGAAAACCGUCCAACUUUGUAGUAUGCAAUGUAAAUUUAAUUAAUCCAAACUAAAAACGUGACAGUAUAAGCAGAGAUGGAUAGUGGCGUUCUGUUUGGGACUUGUCAGCUGGAUGUACCUAAAUCUCAGAUUUGAUGUUCACUCUGGGACAUGAACCCAGUGCCGUUCGCUUCAAGUAAACAAUACCAAGUGAAUUCAACAACGUGACAGUUUCUGAGCUCACUACAAUUAAUUACUUCGGUUGAAGUCGCUGACUGAAGAUCAAUUCAAAGCCCUUAUUUUAAUCUGCGGUCUCCAAUCGCAGAAGUUUAGUGACAUUAUAAUACGGCUGCUUAGUCGAUUAGACCAAGACCCCAAAUUUACACUCAAUGAUAUUGUAAAUGAAUAUCAACGUCUAAUGAAUCUACGGCGUGACACCACGAUGGUCCAGCGUGGUGGUUUAGGUCGUACCGAAACUCAUGUAGUCCAAAAACCACCCAACCCGCAUAAAUCUGCCCCAGCUACUAGUUCAAGUCAACAGACAAAAACAAAUCCUCCUGCCCCAUCUUGGCACUGCAGUGCAUGGCACUAUGUACGAAACUGUCCAUUUAGGCAAUAUCGAUGCGGGAAGUGUAAGGUCGUCGGUCAUAAAGACGGGUUUUGCCUUAAGAGGAAGCCAAACCGAUCCAGAAGUACCAAGAAGACUGUUCAUAAAUCCUGUACCACUUCGUUGAGCCUGAUGUCUUUUUGUCAAAGCUCAUCCCCAGGUCAGAGGAAAUUCGUUACCCUUAGUAUUAAUGGGCAUCCGUUUAGAUUGCAAAUAGACACUGCAUCUGACGUGACAAUUCUCUCACGAAAACCUUGGAUCAGAAUGGGCAAACCACGCACCGUGCCAACAACACAAAAACCUCUUACUGCAUGUGGUAAUCACCUACAUUUGUUGGGACAACUAGAUUGUAAAGUUUCUUUUCACAAUUCGACGUUUACCGGGGUAUGUUAUACAACAACAGCUGAUCUAAAUUUGCUUGGUUUUGAUUGGUUCAACCAGCUAAAAUUAGUUGAUGUCUCAUUAAAUACCAUAUGCCACCUAGUAUCACAACCACAUGACCCUGAAGCAUAUACGAGAAAGCUAGUGACGCAGUUUGCAUCUAUUUUCCAACCUGGAUUGUGUCGAUGUUCUGCCGCGAAAGCAACGCUUCGGCUGAAACCUGGGGCUAAGCCUGUUUUCUGCCCCAAAAGACCCGUGCCUUACGCAACAUUACCAACAGUAGAUGAAGAAUUGAAUCGUCUUCAACAACAAGGAGUUAUUACACCCGUUUCUUACUCUGCUUAGGCAGCACCUAUAGUUGUUAUCAAGAAGGUCAACAGCAUGAUACGUACAUGUGCUGACUUUUCUACAGGUCUCAAUGCAGCUCCGGAACAGCAUCAUUAUCCUUUGCCAGUUCCCGUAGAUCUGUUUACUAUGCUGAAUCGGGGAAAGUUUUUCGCAAAACUGGAUCUAGCUGAUGCUUACUUGCAAGUGGGAGUAGAUGAAGCAUCAAGAGAGCUGCUUACUAUCAACACUCAUCGUGGGUUGUUUCAGUAUAACCGUCUGCCUUUUGGAGUCAAGACUGCCCCAUUUAUCUUCCAGCAACUGAUGGAUACCAUCCUAUCAGGUAUCCCGGGGAUCGCGGUUUAUCUCGAUGACAUUUUAAUUGUUGCGACGACAUUAGAACAGCUACAGGAACGCACGACACUGGUACUGCAACGUAUCAGUGACAACGGGUUCCGCUUAAGCCCAGAGAAAUGCCAGUUUUUAUUGCAGUCAGUCAAGUAUCUGGGGUUCAUUUUUGACGCCGACGGCCACAAGCCGGAUCCUGAGAACAUUCGAGUUACCAAACUGAUGCCCACCCCCGCUAAUGUCUCGGCACUACGUUCCUUCAUGGGACUUGUUACCUAUUAUUCAGCGUUCGUUCCUUCGAUGCUUGAAAUUCGUGCUCCAUUGAAUCGUCUGAUGAGGAUGGACAGCACUUGGAACUGAACUAACGAGUGUGAUGCGGCGUUUUGUAAACUCAAGUCGAUAAUUAGCUCGAAAUUGUUGUUAACGCACUACGAUCCAUCUAUGCCAAUUAUCGUAGCUGCAGACGCUUCAGCGUAUGGCCUAGGUGCUGUUAUUUCACAUUAGUUUCCGGACGCGUCAGAAAAAGCUGUUAUGCAUACGUCCUAUACACUAACCCCGGC